AUGGUUUUCUUUUCAGCUUUGAAAAACCUGUUUUCUCGAAGAGAUAAAAGAACGUCAAAUGCAUCUUCUUUGAGGAGCAAAAAGAAAAGUCUAUCGUUCAGUAACGGCAAUCAGCAACACAACAGCGACAAAUCUGCUAGCGAUAGUUCCGCCAAUUCAACGACAAACAGCUCUAGCAUCAAUGGACACAGCUUUCAAUUUAAAGACGGCAGACGAUAUCAUGGCAUUUCAGAGGUAUCCUAUGUGCUUCCUAACGACGAUGAUGAGGCUGAUCGAGUGCAUCAACAACAUUGGAUUCUUCGCUAUGCAUUGCAAAGCAAUUAUCGAGCACCAGUAACAGAUAUGUUAGAGAAAGGUAUCACUGUCCUUGACUCAGGCUGUGGUCCCGCUACUUGGGCAUUUGAGAUGGGAGAAGCUUGGCCCAACUCAACCUUUCACGGCAUUGAUGCAUCAUGCGUAUUCCCUGAAAACAUCAAGCCUGCAAAUGUCGAGUUUGUCCUGGGAAACAUUGCCAAAGAAAUCCCAUACCCUGACAAUACAUUUGACUAUAUUCAUCAGCGAUUACUGCUUCUAGGCCUGACCGACGACGAUUGGGACAAUGCAUUGAAACAGCUUUAUCGUGUCUUGAAACCAGGAGGCUACAUCGAGGUAGCAGAGCCCGAUUUACAAGAUUUGGAGAACAUGGGUCCAACCUUGAGAAAGUUACAGUAUACCAUGUCAGAUAUGCUCAACAGCCGAAAUAUGCCAAACAAGGCCGCAUGUGAGAUAGAGGAUCGUUUGAUCAAGGCUGGAUUUGUAAACACAAAUCUGAAAAUUACCCCAUUAAAAUUGAACCAUACUGACAAGACUGGUAAAUUACUUUGGGAAGAUUACAAACACGGGUACUUGAACCUGAGACCUGUGAUGGCUCAGAUCGUUCCUGAAUGGCAAGAUCCUGAGGUGUACGAACGUUUUGUUACCGCUUGUGGUAUAGAAGCAGAGCAGACCAAGGCCAAUGUCAAUUGGUACGCUUGUUAUGCACAAAAACCCGCUCUCUAA